CAAACCAACAUGGCUUUUGGUUUUGACAAGAUUUCUUUUCACAGCUAUUGAACAUAUGUACGUGUUUUAUAAAUAAACCCUUUUCUUACAAACAGCGCCAUCAACGAAACGAGCCGUUUGACGAGUGAAAGAGUUUCUGCCUCGAGACGAAGUGUCCUCCGGGAAACAUGUUUAAUGAAGAUGAUGACUGGAGUGACGAACAAGACGCUCAGACGCAAAACACAACUGUGCUCCGAAGCACUAAGAAGGCGAACAGCAGCACGAAUGUCAAGUCCAAUGUGGUUGGGAAGAAGAGCCUGAUGCGGACCCUGCAGACACUGGGGUCAGUACCAGAGUGGAAGAAUGACGAUCAUCAGCAGGACAGCGACAGUGAGGCCGAUGUGGCCCCAACACACAGCAAGAGAAAGAAGAAAAAGAGGAAGAAGCGAAAGAAAGUUGAGACAACAGGAGAGCAGCAAGAGAGUGGAGACUUGGACCAGACCACUAAUGGGCAGGCACUUGCAUCAAAAAAGAGGAAGAAAGACGACACAUUUGUGGCGGCUCUGAAGUUAAAAACCUCAUCCGUGAAGAAAACAUCAGAUAACGAUAUUAUCAAAUCCAAACCAGAGAACAUGGAGGGACUGAACAGACAACAGUGGAAAAACAAAAUGAAGAACAAGAGGAAAUGUACAAAUAAAUACAGUCAGAAUGAGCCAGAGAGGAAAAUCAAUAAAGCUGAAUCUGCGGAGCAACAUGAGCCAAAAGAGGAAGUCAAAAUAGAUUCAUAUAGCAACAACAACAACAACAGUCAGACCCCAGCCAAGAAAAAGCAAAGUAAACCACAGAAAAUAAAAAAGAUCAAAGUGGACACUGACGUAUCUGUUCCCACAGACACACGGCCCCUCAGAGAGGAAAAGCAGCGAAUUGUUCUCAAAGUUGGAAAAGACACAACUGAAAGUUCUGCAAAACAGGAAGCAGCUGUACCGCGGGUGGAGAACGGAGGUGAGCAGCACCAGUCGCCUUUGAAAAGACCCAAACCCGAGAUGAGCAGAGAACAGAUUCUGAAAAGAGAGAAGCUACGGAAAUUGCUCCACCGACGGGAACCAGUCCAACGGGAGAGUCCCGCUGAGACGGAAGACACGCCUUUGAGCCCAGAGGAGGAGCUGAAACCGGACCGCUCCGCCUCCCUGAGGUCCCGCAUGGAGCAGCGGCUGGAGUCGGCGCGUUUUCGGUACAUUAAUGAAGUUUUGUACAGCACGUCCAGCGGCGAGGCGAAGCGCAUGUUCAAACAGGAUCCGCAGGCCUUCGAGAUCUACCACAGAGGAUACACGGCGCAGGUUCAGCGGUGGCCCGCCAACCCAGUGGAUGCCAUCAUCUCUUACAUCCAACAGAAACCUCCCUCUCUGGUGGUUGCAGACUUUGGUUGUGGCGACUGUAAGAUCGCGCGCAGCGUGAAGAACAAAGUGCACAGCUUCGACCUGGCAGCUGCCUGCAAAGAUGUCACGAUCUGUGACAUGGCCAACGUCCCGCUUCGUGACGGCUGUGUGGACGUCGCCGUGUUCUGCCUCUCUCUCAUGGGAACCAACCUGGCCGAUUUUCUAGCAGAGGCCAACCGUGUGUUAAAGAAGGGGGGUGUCCUGAAGAUAGCGGAAGUGGCGAGCAGGUUCGAGAAUGUGCGGAACUUUAUCAGCGCGCUGGCAGGACUGGGAUUUAAGCUGGUGAACCAGGACACCAAGAGCACUCAUUUCUACUCCUUUGAAUUACUGAAGACGGGAGACACUCCAGAAAAUAUCAAGAAAUUUGGACUUCAGUUGAGGCCCUGCCUCUACAAGAAAAGAUGAAUGUGUGCGUGAAGACUUUAUCCAAACAAUGUAUUUGUUUCACUGUGAUUAUUUUUUUUAAGCAGUAUGUUUGGGAACGUGAAGCUUGGAUCUGGUUUCCAAAGCAGCAGUUGUACACUUGUAUCUAAACGUAUCGUUUUAAAUUGCUACAUUUUGAAGCCUCUGUCGUUCACAGAUUUGAAUUUGCUGCAUUCCUUGUACAUGGUUUUUAAUGCAAUACAUCAAUAUAGAUGCUAAUCAGUAAAAUAA